AUGUAUAAACCAAAAAUGAUAGAAAAUGAAAAAAAUCUUCAUUGUUAAUUGAAACAUUAAUUACCUGUCUCAAUGGUUAUUCUAGAUUCAAAACUAACAUAAAAUUAAAGACUUUUGUGUUAGGAAUGCAUUGAUAAUUUCGAAUCAGAGUAAAAAUAUAAGACCAUUGGAUUUAAAAAAAUUGUUUAGAAGAUUGAAGAAAAUAAAUAGUCAUAGUUAAAUAUCAUAGAAAAUCUAAUUAUAACUAAUAUUAAAUAAGUUGAAUCAUUCUAAAUUUAAAUCAAUAAUUUAAAAUCUAUGGUACUUUAAUAAUUAGAUCAAUUACUUAAUAAUACCAAAGAUUGGAUAUUAAAUUUAAAAUAAACAGGAUCUAAAUUAUCAGAAUAUAGUUUCUUCAAAGAAUUAGAUUUAAUAAUAAUUAAUUAAUAAAAUAAUAAAGAUGAUUAAAUUAAUUGUUAAAAUUAAAUUAAAAAACUUAAUCAAAGUUAGAUUACAAAAAUCAAUUCUAAAUUAGAACAAUUCAAAUUAUUUCAAGAAUAUCAAUAAUUAAAGGAUAUAUUGAACAAAUUAAAUGAAUAAACAUCAAAUAUGUCUAUAAUUUAAUAACAAUAACAAUUAAAUCCUAAUCAAUUAUUAUUUAUAGAUUAUAAAAUUGAAUAACAAGAGGAUUGUCGUGCAAUUGUAUUUGAUUCAACAGGGAAAAUUAUGGUUUCAGCUUGUGGAAAAUUAAUUAUAAUUUGGAAUUUCAAUAAUGGAAAAAUUAAAAAAGUUCAAUCACUUUCACAACAUUAAAAUAAUGUUUCUUGUCUAAUUUAUAGUAAAAUUAAUAAUUAUUUUAUUUCUGGAUCAUAAGAUGGAUCAAUUAUAUUAUGGAAAUAAUUGAAUAACAAUCAAUGGUAAAGUUCUAAACCAUAAUGUGAACAUAAGAAUGGUAUCUCUUGUAUAAUCUUAACAUAAAAUGAAGAUUAAUUAUUUUCAGGUAGUUAUGAUUCCAUGAUAAAUGUGUGGAAAAUAGACUUUAUUAAUAAUCAAUUAACAUUUUUCUAUUCUUUAUAAAAACAUACUCGUCUUGUCAACUAGUUAAGUUUAAAUGAAUCAGAAAGAGUAUUGGUUUCAUGUGGAUAUGAUUAAUUAAUUAUAAUUUGGUAAAAAGAUGCAAAUAAUAAGUGGACUUUUUAGUAUGUUGUUAAAUAAUCAAUUGAAGAUUAUGGGGCUCAAGUUAAAUUUUUAAAAGAAGAUUAAUUCAUAUUGGUACCUUAUUCAACCAAAUUUAUAUGUUUAUUUCAACAAAAAGAUGGUCAAUUUCAAGAAAUAGUAGAGAAGAAAGUCAAAUUAAUAUAUUUUGGUGUAACUGCACCUUAACUAUUUUAUUAUUUAUCAUUCUUCCCAAUAAUAUACAUUAAGGAUAAAAAUUUGAUAUGCUUGAGAUAUCAUGAAAAAAUUAUCAUACUUAAAGAACAAAUAGAUGGAUAAUUAUUAAUUGUUUAGGAAUUGGAUUGCCAACAUUGGAACAUAUCUGGAACAGUAACAAAAAAUGGAUAAUAUUUAAUAUAUUGGAGUGGUAAAAAGAAUAAUUAUGAGAUAUAUGAAAUAUAGUAUAAAUGA